GCUAGACUAUAGUAAAUCAUCUGAUACGUAUAAACAAACAGCUGGCAUUUAAACGCCAUCGAAUUCAAAGAAACUAUAUCUUUUUUUUUUUUUUUAUGACAAAAGUCCCUCUUUACAGUAUGUGGGUUUAAUAUGAACUCAACAGCCCCCGCGUGUUUACUGGACGUCCGUCAGAUCACUCGUGCUCGCGGCAGGUGCGUGGAAUCUUGUGUUUGUCUCGCGAACGCUCCGCCCCUGUCAAUGCAAACGAUUUAAGAAAAGUCGCGGUCGAAAGCUGAACUACGUUACUGACAAAUUCCAAAACUCGAAAGAACUGAAAGAGGAAAGGACGUGCUUCAGUACUUUCUGCAAUGUGUUCAGAUGAAGAGCGCGCGAUGACUGGGGGCUCCGGUAACGGAAAGUUGCGUCAGUGGCUGAUAGAGCAGGUGGACACUGGAAAAUACCCUGGACUCGUGUGGGAGAACGAGGAGAAGAGUAUCUUUAGGAUUCCGUGGAAGCACGCGGGCAAGCAGGACUACAACAGGGAUGAGGAUGCUGCGCUCUUCAAGGCAUGGGCGCUGUUCAAAGGCAAGCAUCGUGAGGGCAUCGACAAACCUGACCCGCCAACGUGGAAAACGCGCCUUCGGUGCGCUCUCAACAAAAGCAAUGACUUCGAAGAGCUCGUGGAGCGCAGUCAGCUUGAUAUCUCGGAUCCCUACAAAGUGUAUAGGAUCGUUCCGGAGGGAUCCAAAAAAGGACCCAGAUCUCUUGAAGAGUCACAGUCCAAUUCAAGCUCGCCCAACUAUCCGAUACAUCCACCUUAUGCACCAGCACCUUCUCAGGUGUGCAACUACAUUUCUCCAGCAGAGAGAGGAUGGAGGGAUUACCCCACUCUGUCUGAGAUCCCUUACAGCCAGAGCCCCUACACUUCACGCUGGGACCCUGGGUACCAAUUCAGUGGCUCCUUUUACAGUUGUACAGCAUCAGAUCCACAGCCCUCACCUUUCUCCCUGGACUCCAGCAUGAGAUCUGCUGAGGCUGUGGCCCUUUCAGAUUACCGCUUACAUGUGGUGGUGUUUUACCGGGACGCUUUGGUUCGAGAGGUAACAGUGAGUAGCCCAGAGGGUUGUCAGCUGGGCCCUACCAGAGAGGGACAGGCCUACACUUCACCUGGGGCCCCAGAACUGGUUGAACUCCCUCAGGCUGAUGGGGCAUCUCUGGAGCGUGGCGUUAUGCUUUGGAUGGCCCCUGACGGGUUGUAUGCCCGCCGUCGCUGCCCCUGCAGGGUGUACUGGGAGGGAGCUCAUGCACCACCAACUGACAAACCCAACAAACUGGAGAGAGAGCAGACUUGCAAACUGCUGGACACUCAGCUUUUCAUAACAGAGUUGCAGAGUUACGCCCUACACGGUCGCCCUGCCCCGUGUUCCCAAGUGCUGCUGUUCUUUGAGGAGGAGAACACCGAUGGAAGACCAAGAAGGACCUUCACAGUGCAGGUUGAACCACUCUUUGCUCACCAGCUUCUUUUCCUCACUCACCCGGGCAGCAUGAACUACAUCCGCACUCAUGACCUUUCACACCUGCCCCCUGAACAUGCUCUCACCCCAAGCCAAGAUUUCCACAGAGUCCUUACGCACCACCGUAACAGCGGCCCUCAAAAUUUACCUUAAAUGGCAUUUCACACUACGCUGAACCAUGCAUCAAGCCUUUUUUUUUUAACCCUGGGUUAGCACAGCUUUACAGGAGUGAUGAAGAGACAUUUUCACAGAUGGACAAGCAGGUUUUUAAAACAUUUUGUGCUCACUGCAUGAUGUGCUUGUCCAAUCAUUGUUUAAUUAAAUGUGUUAACCCAAGGUUUACAAAAUGUACAGUGUGAAAUCUCAGAAUCUGAAACAUACCCCAGGAUUGUAAAAACUGUGCUAAAAAAUGACCCAGGGUUAGCAAUUUCAAAUGUGCAAGGCCCCUAAUUUUUUUUAAGCUAUAGCUUAACAAGCAACUGGUGGAAUUCUGCAAUGUACCUCGGGCUUCCCUGAAUUGGAGCAGAACCACACCAGAAUAAUCUACAGUGCUAACAGACAGCAUCAGACUUCAGGAUUGUUGUCAAAUAUCAUGUCUAAAACUGAGAAAGACUCCAAGCAUAUGGCUGUGUACCACUCACUAGAAUAAAUGAUUGUAUUAUGCCAGCAUACCCUAAAAUGUGUGGGCUGUUUGCUGACAUGACAGGAAAGAAUGUAAAUUGUGCAUAUUAGCUGUGCAUGAUUAUACUUGAUAAAGUGUUACAUUUAAUUGAGCUGCAAUGUAACUGCAUUCAGAAUGUAAAAACCAAAGAAUUACAUGUAUAUAGGCUAUACAUAUAUUUGACAAAAAUGUUAAAAAAAAAAAAAAAAAAAAAAAAAAAAAAAGAAAAAAAAAACUUUUAUAAACCUUAACUUGUACGAUUCUGACAAAAUGCUCUACUUUUAUUCCACUACUUUAGCUUUUUCAUGUUGCUGGAAUGCCCAGAGUGCCUGAAUGUCACAUCUGUGUCAAUCUUCCUCUGUUUAACGAUUUAUUGCCUUUUAAUAAAAAAGUAACAUUGA